AUGACUGCACUCCAAGCCCUGUGCCCCGUGUACGAAAGAUUGGCCGGGGAUACAAAAAAGAAAGACAAAGGGCUCCCGGACAUUCCGCCUGAUGCAGCUGGGAUGCAAAUCAAAAAGGACAGUCGCUCGCACGCCGCGGACUCUGCCGAGUGCCCCCCUGUUCUUCGAAUGGUGCUCUCAUUCUGUGCACUCCUCACCGCUCACGCGCUGGCCUACGCGCCAGCCGCCCACGUCCUGCGCCACCACUCACCCGGGCCGCUCGCGCUGGCACGGCCACGACCCAGCCCGGCCAUGGUCCUGCUGCGGAGGCGCGCAUUUGGCGAGAGCUUUGUCGGCCGCUUGUGGAGCCACGCGAACGCCGACCGGUACCGCCAGAGCUCUCGCCCAUGGACGGCGCAGUUUCAUUCAACCAGGUCCAUCUGGCUGUCGUCUCUUAAGACGCUGCGCCACUCUGAGGUUCUGAGCGGCAUCCUGCAGCCGCUGCUGCUCACGACGACUGCGUCUCUCGGUGUCGCGCUCUUUGACUCGGUUGCAGACGGGGUGCCGGGGAAGUCGGCGUCGAAGGCCCUCUUCCAGAUGCAUUCGCUGCUCGGCGGCGCCCUCUCUCUGCUCCUCGUCUUUCGGACAAACAGCGCGUACAACCGCUUCUGGGAGGCGCGUCGCAUCUGGGAGAACCUGCUCAACCGGUGCCGCGAGCUGGCGCGGUACGCCUACUGCUUCCGCGACCAGCUCCAGCCGUGCCGCGUCGACCGGCUCGCCCAGCUGCUCACCGCCUUCCCCGUGAUGCUCCGGCGCCACUUGUGCGGCGAGGCGCGGCCCGCCGCUGAAGGCCUGCUCGCGCCGCUCGCGCCGCUGCCGGCACCGCUGUGCGACGCGAUGCGUUCCUCCUCGUCGCGCCCGCUCUACUUGUGCAAGCGGCUCGCCGCCGAGAUCUCGGGCGUCUCAGAUGCGUCCGACGGCACCUUCACCUCGCGCGAGCGGCUGAUGGGGCUCUCGCUGGUGAACCAGCUCGGCUCGUACGUCGGCGCAUGCGAGCGGCUGCUGCAGACGCCGGUGCCGCUCAACUACGCGCGCCACACGUCCCGCUUCCUCACGCUGUGGUGCUUGACGCUGCCCGUCUCGCUGGUCGGCUCGAUGGGGCUGCUCGUGGUGCCCGUCACCGCCUUUGUCACGUGGUGCCUCUUCGGGAUCCAAGAGAUCGGGCUCUUCAUCGAGCACUGCGCGCUCGACAACGGCGACAUCUUCAUGGACCAGCUCUCGGACCAGGAGCGCGCCACGUGGAGGCACGACGGUGUCGGCGGCGGCAGCUGCCAGGGCGGCGCCGGCUCGGACUCCGACUUCGCGGCUCGGUACGUGCCACCCGCGCCGAUGCCCUUCUGA